AUGAGUGCAGCUACUGUGGAGCAUUCAUUUACUAUGUGGGCUGAGAGGAAAAUCAGCUGGGACCCCCCAGUAGCUCAACCUCAAACAGGUGCUGAAGCACAGAAAGUCAACCUGAAAACCAGCAGCUAUGUGACAUUUUCUGACACAAACUGGGGUGAAGCAAGUCACUAUUAUAGCACAUCUAUCAAAGGGCUUAAACUGAAGACAUUGAAUGAUACAGUGACAAAAGCAAGUGCUUACAUCACUGGAAAGGGAUGGUCCAAACAGUUGGUCAUAAGUGGGGAUGGGGAUGUUGACCCUCAAGCCUGUCUUGUUGACAUUUAA